AUGAAAAGGAGGAAUCGCCCCUGUUUCUCGGAAAAAGCCGUUGCGAUAGAAACGAAGCGCGCAAAUCUCUUCUUCUUGAGAUUGAAUCGUGCCUUUCGAGCUACGGUUUGUAGCAGUUGUUAUUCGCUCGUUCCUCUACAGUCCUAUUCUGAUACCUGUCCAGAUUCCUUCUCUGACCAGACCCGCCGAGCGCUAAGUUUGGGUACCGCACCAUCCAAGGAUGUUCUUAGCUUGCAAAAUUGGGUCGAAAACAGUAGCUGCUUGAGCAGAGAUGAAACAGCGUAUCUAGAAGAGGAAGCUGAUCUAGCUCCUAUGGCAUGCUCUAAGGACAGUGCGGUGGAGAAACUUGAAGAUUGGGUUGAGGGCAAACUCAUCCACUACUAUCGAGGAUUCCGCAAGAGUCCUCUGCACAACGUGUCAAACGACGCGAACGUGUACAUCUACUCUGGCUCUCUGGUAAAAGGGAGCGCGCGAGCCCUGAUGCUAUGCCUCGCCACUGGCCUUAUUCUGAUACCGGUGAUAAUCUGUCUAGCCGUCGACAGCGCGGUGGCUCGAGUGCUCGUAAUUAUACUCUCUACAGUUUCGUUCUUGUCCGUCUUGUCCCAGUUAACCAACGCGAGGAUGAUGGAACUCGUCCUUGCAGGAGCCACAUUCGCUACUGUUCUCACUGUUUUUGUUUCAGGCGAAAACCCUCCACCGGUUUUGGCUGCCUCGGCAACUUAG